AUGCCGCCAACUGUCUGCCAGCUCUGUGAGAACACCAGGGCAGCGGUAGUCAGAUCAAAAAACUCUCAGAAGAUCUGCAAGCAAUGUUUUCUUUCAGUGUUUGAGGAUGAGGUCCAUGAAACGAUCGUGACUAAUAAUCUAUUUCGCCGGGGAGAACGGGUGGCCAUAGGCGCAUCUGGUGGUAAAGAUUCAACCGUUCUUGCUUCAGUAUUGAAGACUUUGAAUGAGCGACAUGAUUAUGGGCUCGAACUUGUCCUAUUGUCCAUCGAUGAGGGUAUUAAAGGCUACCGGGAUGACAGCCUAGAAACUGUGAAACGAAAUGCAAUUCAGUAUGAGAUGCCUUUGGAAAUCGUGGGGUAUGAUCAGCUCUAUGGUUGGACCAUGGAUCAGGUCGUUGCUCAGGUAGGCAAGAAAGGAAACUGUACCUAUUGUGGAGUCUUUCGAAGACAAGCACUAGACAGAGGUGCUGCCAAGCUGGGCAUCAAACAUGUUGUCACUGGUCAUAAUGCUGACGACGUCGCCGAAACCGUCAUGAUGAAUCUUCUGAGGGGUGAUCUACCUCGACUAGCAAGAGCGACCUCUAUUGUCACCUCGAGCGCAGCGAGCGACAUCAAACGAAGCAAACCGCUGAAAUAUGUCUAUGAGAAGGAGAUAGUGCUUUACGCUCACCACAAGAAACUGGACUACUUCAGCACAGAAUGUAUUUACUCGCCUGAGGCCUUCAGAGGCAGUGCGAGGACAUUGAUCAAAGAUCUGGAGAAGAUUCGACCAGCCAGCAUUUUGGACAUUGUCAAGAGUGGAGAGGACAUGGCUGUGCUUGUGCCUCCUGACGUAAGCGGUUCUGCGUCAUGUUCUGGAGAUGCUGAGGGGACCCACGGUGGUGGAACGCGAAAUACCACCGGCGAUUCGAUGGCACAGAUGGAGAAGGACUGGGUUGCGAAUGAAGCCGUCGCCGAAAGAGAGACCGAGAUCAAACUCCCGUCCGCUACGUCGAUUCCGCACACGAAAUCGAACUCUCAGACAGUAAGUAUUCAUGAUAAGGGGCCCAAGAGACGUCAAAAAGUGAUCAAGCAAGUCAUGGGUCAGUGUGAGAGAUGUGGCUAUCUGUCAAGUCAAAAGAUUUGCAAAGCUUGUUCACUGCUGGAGGGCCUCAACAAGAGUCGACCACGGACAUCUAUCGAAGUAGGAAUUGAAGAUGAAGAAGGGAGUACGACUUUGAUGAGGCAAGCGGCCGGACUCGCUAUGUCCGCUGGUUGA